AUGCGUGAUACGAAUGGACAAGUAGUAGCUGGUGGCAAUGGCCAAGGAAAUCAAUUGGAUCAAUUGUAUCAACCAGCCGAUGUUUUGAUCGACAAAGAGACGGAUAGUCUCAUUAUUUGUGAUCGAGGUAAUAGACGAGUUGUACGAUGGUCUCGUCGUAGUGGUACAAUUCAAGGAGAAAUCCUCAUUGACAAUAUCGCUUGUCGAGGAUUGGCCAUGGAUAAUCAGAGAUAUCUCUAUAUCUCUGACGUCGAAAGAUAUGAAGUAAGACGAUAUCAAAUAGGAGACAAGAAUGGAACUAUCGUGGCUGGUGGCAAUGGCGGAGGUGCAGGUCUCAAUCAACUCAAUGUGCCGACCUACAUCUUUGUCGACCAACAACAAGCUGUUUACGUGUCAGACCGUGACAAUCAUCGUGUAAUGAAAUGGAAUAAAGAUGCAAAAGAAGGAACUGUCGUCGCUGCAGGUCAAGGCUAUGGGAAUGCUCUGACACAAUUGUGGUUUCCUCAAGGACUGUUGAUCGAUACGUUGGGUACCAUCUAUGUGGCAGACUCGUUGAAUGAUCGAGUGAUGGGCUGGUCUACAGGAGCGCAACAGGGCACUGUCAUUGUGGGUGGAAAUGGUAAAGGAGAAGGAGCAAAUCAGCUCAACGCUCCCUGGGAUUUGUCCUUAGAUCGACAAGGCAAUCUCUAUGUUGUCGAAAAUUGGAAUUAUCGUGUUCAACGCUUUUCAAUCGAAUAG